AUGGCCUCGCCUUCGGAAAACGCUCCGAAGUUUGUGAAGUUGAACGGUUCGAAUUGUGAGGCCUGGGCGUUCAACAUGCGGCUGUAUUUGAAGAGCUUCGAUCUGUAUGAACACGCCGAUGGGACAGCUGAACCUCCUGCAAGUACUGCCAAUGCUGAAAUGAAUGGACUUAUAUUUGUGAAGGCAUGGACUUAUAUUUGUUUGCCCAUAGAAACAGAACAACAGAUUCAUGUGAGAGAAACGGAAAAUGCAAAGCAAGCCUGGGAUGCUCUGCGGAACCAGUUCGCUCGUGAAUCGCUCUUACAAAAGGUACGAUUAUGUCAACAAUAUUAUUCAUGUCAUUUCCGCAGUGGAGAAAAUAUGUUGGAACAUAUUAGUAGACUAAGAUCCUUGCAUGACCAGUUAAGAGCAAUGGGAGUGGAAAUAGAGAACAAAGAGUUGGAUGAAACUUUUAGCUAGUUUGCCUGAAGACUACAUGCCUCUAAUCACUUGCACUUGAUGCUGUUGGCGAAGGAGAACUGUCCUACGAGAAAGUUAAGAGUAUGUUGUUGAAUGAUGUAGAUCGCAGUAAUGACACAAAGAAUUGUUGAGGAUGCAUUUUCUGCCAGACGUGGAAAAUUUGGCAAAUCAUGGUGUGGUAGUGGAAACACAAAAAGUAGUGGAAACACAAAUCAACAGAAUGAUAAGGUAUUUCGAGGAAAAUGUCACACUUGUCAAGAAAAGAGAUUGCCCGAAGCGAAAUCAUAG